CACCCAUCUCUUUCCCAUCAUCAAUGGAGAUUUCUUGGAUUUUCUUGUCCCUAACAUGCCUAGCAACGCUAGCUCUUCUCUCCAAACUUUUCUCCCGGCGACAGCCGUCUCGCCGGAGACUUCCACCGGGCCCAAAACCGUGGCCCAUAAUCGGCAACUUACACCUCCUGGGCCCCAUCCCACACCAAUCUUUCCACUCUCUCUCCAAAAAGUACGGAGACUUAAUGCUCCUGAAAUUCGGGUCCCGGCCGGUGGUGGUGGCGUCGUCGCCGGAAAUGGCGAAGCAGUUCCUGAAAACCCACGACGCCGUCUUCGCGUCGCGGCCAUUGCAUGCCGGCGGCAAGUACACGAGCUACAACUACCAAGACAUGACGUGGGCCCCUUACGGCCCUUACUGGCGCCAGGCGCGCCGGAUUUACCUCAACGAGGUUUUCAGUACGAGGAGGCUCGAUUCCUUCGAGCACAUUCGCGUCCAUGAACGCCGGUCUUUCCUUAACACCCUCAAAUCCCUGUCGGGAAACACGGUUUUCUUAAAAGAUCAUCUCUCCCGGUUCAGUCUAUGUACCAUGAGCAAAAUGGUGCUGAGCAACAAGUACUUUAGUGAACCCGAAGCUGAAGAAUCUGUAGUGACUGCGUGUUUCCCUCGUCACCACUCAAACUCGACUACAAAAGCAGAGGAAUCUGUAGUGACUGCAAGUUUUCCUCGCGAUCACUCAAACCUCACUGCAGAAGCAGAGGAAUCUGUAGUGACUGCGAGUUUUCCUCGUCACCCCCCAAACCUGACUGCAGAAGCAGAGGGAUCCGUAGUGACUGCAGGUUUUUCACGUCACCACUCAAACCUGACUGCAGAAGCAGAGGGAUCUGUAGUGGCUGCAGGUUUUCCUUGUCCGAACCUGACUGCAGAAGUGGAGGGGUCUUCUCCGGUCAGGUUGGAGGAUUUGCAGCGUCUGGUGGACCAGUGGUUUCUGCUCAACGGGGCUUUUAACCUGGGGGAUUGGCUUCCAUGGCUGAGCUUCUUGGACCUGCAAGGCUAUGUGAAGCAGAUGAAGGAGCUGAAUAGGGUUUUUGACAGGUUCCACAACAUUGUUCUUGAUGAUCACAUGGCUAAGAAGAAAGAAGCUGCAGAGAAGAAUGAUGGGUUUGUUCCUAAGGAUAUGGUGGACGUGUUGUUGCAGAUGGCUGAGGAUCCUAAUCUUGAAGUUAAACUCACUAAAGAUUGUGUCAAAGGGCUGGUUCAGGACUUGUUGACUGGGGGGACUGAUAGCUUGGCAGCAGCAGUGGGGUGGGCAUUUCAAGAACUCAUGAGGAAACCAGACAUCAUCGCAAAGGCAACGGAGGAAUUAGACCGAGAGAUUGGGAGGGAAAGGUGGGUAGACGAGAGCGAUUGCUCUCGGCUACCCUACAUCGAAGCCAUCAUCAAAGAAACAUUUAGGUUGCACCCACUAGGCACAAUGCUCGCGCCACAUUAUGCCAUGGAAGACUGCAACGUAGCGGGUUAUGACAUCGCGAAAGGCACAACUAUUCUGGUUAACGCCUGGUCGAUAGGGAGAGAUCCCAUGUUCUGGGACGAUGCAGAAGAAUUUAAGCCCGAGAGAUUCUUGAACAGCAAUAUUGACAUGGAUGGACAGAAUUUCGCUUUCUUGCCGUUUGGGUCCGGGAGGAGAAGGUGCCCCGGGUACAGCCUUGGGCUUAGAGUUGUCCGAGCAACACUAGCUAACAUGCUGCAUGGAUUCACCUGGAAAUUACCUCCGGACAUGAAGCCAGAAGACAUAUCCAUGGAAGAACACUAUGGACUCACCACACAUCCCCGGUUUCCAAUCCCCCUCGUCAUGGAACCCCGCCUCCCUUCACAUCUCUACUCGCAAUCCUAAUCCAAAUCCUCCGCUUAAACUUCCAGUUGAAACGAAACACAUCCUUAAUAUAGCCAAAAAAUCAAGUAGAGGACAGGAUCAGGACACCAUACCUUAAACAUAUGUUAUCUGUCAAUUCUUGUGCUGUGUGUUUUCAUAGGAGUGGUUGAUCCAAGAACUUUUAGCCCUAUUCUUGACCACUUCAAAGCAGUUUCUAACAACCACAGAGUUGACUAAUGAUGUAUUAGUGAAUCUGCAGAUGAUUAAUUAAUUCUGUGGAACCAAGUCUAAGUUGUCUUUAUACCUUAAAUUUCUGGAAUCUGAACCAAUAAUCUGUCAGUUCUA